AACUGAAUUCACUUUUAAUUCGAUGCCCGCAGCGAUGGCGAGCAGGGGGCGUGGAAGGCCGGUGAAAGGCCGCGAGCUGCUGGCAAACCUGACUGCGAGCUCCCUGACUGGCUUUGGGCUGUCAUAGCCACAGCUGUCCCGGUCGCCAUAUGGUAACAGACAGGAUUUUGGCGGAGUCGCGCUGUCUGGUCAUGUGUGCAGGAGGCAUGAUCACCAGCUCCUUGAGCCAUCCCAUGGACACCCUGAAGUGCCGGUGGCAGGUAGCUGGAAAGCCCUGGCAGGGGCAGCACUUGACGGACUUCGCCCGAGCGCUCUUGAGAGAGGAGGGCAUCUCCGCUGGGCUCUGGAGGCCCGGCUUCCUGGCCAACGUCAUGUCCAUGGCGUGGUGCGUGGGCAUGAGAAAUGGCCUGUACCCCACCUUCCGCGACGGCAUCGGCAAAUUGUACACAAUCGCCGGUGGUGAGCCUGGCAAGGCCGGCCCGAGCAGCAUGUUCUGCGCGGGCCUGUUGUCUGGUUGUUCCGGCUACCUGGUCGCAUCUCCACUGCUUCAGGUGAAGACCCAGAUGCAGGCGGAAGCGGGAAAGCUGGGCCUGGAUGGCCUGUAUGCGAGCGGCCUCCAUGUGGGGCUGGCACCGACGUACAGCAGCACCUGGCAGGCACUGGCGUCCCACUCCUGCGGCAGCCUGGGCGGCUCCCUACGGAGCUUGUGGCGGGGCGCGGGCGUGAUCGUGGCCCGCGGAGCCGCGCUCUCCGCUUCGCAGCUUAUGGCGUACGACCAGUCGAAGACUGUGCUGAAGGAGCGAAAGGAAAAGGGCAUAGCCACUGCCAUGCAGCAAAAUGGCUUGCCUCAUGCCAUGGAGAAGAGCAGCGAUGCCCAAAAUGCACAGGAGCCUCCCCUCUCAGAGGAAGUUGGCGGGCAGCGAUCCUUGCGCGCAUGUCCUCAGCGAAUCGUGAGGAAUGGCGAGACUGUGGAGGUGUGGCCUGAGCACUGGGGCAUGACCAUGCAGCAAAUCCGCGAGCUCAUGGACGACUGCAAGGAGGAUGCCGACUGGCACCAGGACAACUCGGUGCGGGACAUGGUGAAGAAGCACAUCCUGCCGCGCACCGCUGGUGAUGGCGUGGGCUACGCCCUCAAGAUCAACCACGCCAUGCCACUGGAAGUGGAAGUCCUCGUGUCCCACUCCUGGAAUGAGAACGCGGAGGAGUUUGUGGAGACACUGGAGCGGACGGUGUACCCAAACGAGGUGCUCUUUGUGUGCGCCUUCGCCAUCUACCAGAAUGAGGACGAAGCAGGUCCCAGUGUGAUGCAGCAGAUCGGCUGCUCCAUGAAGAACAGUCCCUUCGAACGUGUGCUAAGACACAUACAGGACCGGGGGCUCGAGGCGGGGACCUGGUGGUGGCCCAGGAGGUUCUUCCACAUUCUGCCAGGCUUGUGCCUGCUGAUGGCGCUUGAGAUCUUUAUGAUCUCACAGCUGCUCUGCGGGGGAGUGCCGGGCAUGGACUGCUUAUUCAAGCUGGAGCACGCGCAGGGCCAGAGGUGUGGGGGCUGGAGGAGUGCCGGGCAUGGCACGUGCCUGGCAACCCACUGGGUGCGGAAGGACAUGGACCCUAUGUGCAAACCUGCGUUCUCGGCGGUCUGGGGCUUCGCGCUGGUGGGCUUCGGGAUUUCUUUGUGGCUGCACUGCGUGAAGCAUCGGGUGUACUACGGUCGUAUGGUAGCCGUGCCGAACUACCAAGACAAUCUCUAUCAGCGGCUUUGGUGCGUUUAUGAGAUUUUCAUGGCCUCCCAGCUGAAGGUCUACGUAUCUCUGGCCCACACCUUGGCCCCCGCCGGGAAGUGCACGGCCCGCACGGCCAGAUGCUCCGACGCGGCGGAUGAGGCGCGGAUUCGCAGGGAGAUUGAAGCCUUUGGCGCCAGAUGCGUGCACAAGAGGUCCAGCUCCGUGACCAAUAACAUGGUCCGCGACAUCUUCGCAGCCGAGGGCGGCGAGCAUCCCCGGGCCCUUGCCGCGGAGGUGGGCUACCGCAGGGUGGACGCCGCAAUCAGGUGGACCACCAGCCGGGCUCAGAGAGAAUGGCUCUGGGUCAUGGUGCGGAUCACGCUUCUGGGCACAGCUCUGCAAGGGAGCGUCACCAUUUUGUCCUACUCUAUGGGCCUUCUGCGCACCUACUUCGCCCUAGGUUACGCCCUGGCCUUCUUGGUCUACAUGGUCUUGAUGUGGUCCAUCCUGCGGCGUACCGGGUGCCUGCAGCGCAAGCAUCUGCUGGUGCUGGGCCUUCUGCCCUUCUGCCUGGGGGUGAUUUGUGUAUGCCUCGCA